GGCCGCGCGUACACUUCGAGUUCUUCCGCCCACGUGUGUGUACGUGCUCCGGUCGCUUGCUUCGCCGUGAAGAGACAGUCAGAUUCGCGGAGAACCAAAGGCAGCAUCUCGCAAUCCUGCAAUCAGGAUACUGAGUUGGCGACAGAGACUCACGGAAACGGAAGCGGAAGCGCGCAAAACCAGAUCUCCAAACUCUUUUCGACAUGGUAGUGCCUAAGGAUCAUAAGCUGCAUGAAGCAAUUCAAGUUGCGCCACUAAUUCUUUCCGACGAUGUUAGACGACAAAAAAUUGAAAAUCACAUGGAAAAGAUGCGGUUUUCCGCGGCGACAGCCAGGAGGAUACAGGAUGUCUUUAUUUCGGAAAUGAACAAGGGAAUUCACCAGCAACCGUCCUCACUACAAAUGGAAAACACUUAUGUGCCGGAACUGCUCGAUAGAACAGAGAAAGGCCUUUAUUUGGCACUCGACCUCGGUGGCACUAACUUCCGAGUACUUCUACUGGAAUUGGCUCACGGUGCUCCCAUUCGACAAGAAGUAAAACUAUAUUCUAUCAGACCCGAAUUAAAAGUCGGUUUGGCCAUUCCCCUGUUUGACUAUCUGGCUGAAUGUGUCAGUGAUUUCGUCACCGCCCAAGGGCUUCAGGACAUAGAGCUUCCUCUCGGUUUCACAUUUUCCUUCCCGAUGAUUCAGCAUUCUCUGGACGUUGGUGUUUUGGUAACGUGGACCAAAAGUUUUAAUUGUCCCGAUGCUGUCAACAAAGAUGUUGUCAGGCUCCUGCGGGAGGCUCUGGACCGGCGAGGCGACACGAAAGUGAAGGUCGUCGCGGUAUUGAACGAUACUACGGGUACUAUGGUACAGGGUUCGACGUUGGACCACGAAACGGCUAUCGCACUUAUACUUGGAACCGGAAGCAACGCCUGCUAUUUGGAACAGGCGGAUCGAGUCAAGCACUGGGAAACCGAGAGACAUGGCGAAAGAGAAGUUAUUAUCGAUAUCGAAUGGGGUGCUUUCGGAGACAACGGUGUAUUGGACUUCAUCAAAACGGAUUUCGAUCGCGAGAAUGACGCCAAUUCCCUUAUCGUGAAUUCAUUUACAUUUGAAAAGUACAUUGCUGGCAAAUAUCUCGGUGAGGUGGUGCGCGUGAUACUUGCGAGGUUGACCAAAGAGGGGCUUUUGUUUGUAGGAGAAAAUACACCACACAGUCUGCUAACGCCUGGCAAUCUUACUACCGAUCUAGUGUCACAUAUCGAGCAGGAUUCUAUGGACGGUGAUGACAGGAACACAAAGGAGGUUCUAAAAAAAUUUGGCAUUGUCCCGGACGAGGACGAUAUCAGAAUUGUUCAAUACGUGUGCGAGGUCGCUUCCAACCGCGCGGCUCUUCUGGUAUCGAUAUGUCUUGCGACUCUGCUGGAUCGUAUAAAUAAGGAACAAGUAACGAUUGCUGUGGAUGGAUCUCUCUACAAGCAUCAUCCUCGGUUAGAAGGCUGGAUGAAGCGAUAUAUCUCACUUCUCACUUCUUGCGAACGAAAGUUCAAAUUAAUUCAUGCGGAAGAUGGAAGCGGCAAAGGCGCUGCGCUCGUGGCUGCUAUCGCACAAAGGCUCAAGAAGCGAUUACAAUAACAACAAAUACAUUAGGAGACUCUUAUUUCCGCAGUUCUUGUAUCAUGACACAUCAUGCAGGUUGUUAAUAGUCAUAGAAAUAUUCUGCGGCAGAUCUUAACUCAAUAAUAUCUUUUGUAGAGUUUAUCUCUGCCGUAGUACUCUGUUCUAUCUCUGCCGUAGUAAUAUCACUGAAUAUUAACUAUUCAUAAAUGCAAUUAAGUUCGCGUUGAUUUAUAAUUCGUUGCGCGAGUUUCGACCAAAAUAAUUUUAAGUACCACAAAUUUGCAUCGAUAUACGUUUGUAUUGGCUUUGCAAUGAUACAAAAUAUUAAGAAGCUACCGAUCAAACUGACAAGCUGAAAACGCGUGUGCCAUUUUAGGAAAAUAAAUAUACGUUUCGUUAAACACGAGGAAGAAUUGUGAAAUGGAUUAUCGAAAAAAAGAGAGAGUAAAAUAUUUAUUAAAUAAUACCUCAAAAAAAAAAAGAAAUA